UCCCCACUGCCUAAUCGCCUUGAUUCCUCCGCACGCCCGCAAUCCCCUGCUCCCGUCCCGCGACCACCGGAGCCAGCCGCCGCCGCCAGGGCCAAAUCCUGGAAAAUAGGCGCCACCGCCGCUCGCCGUCCUGCUCAGCUGCUGCGGAUCUGUGUUGGUUCAUCAUCAGCUGACAAAGAGCCAUCCAGCGACAGAGAGAAGCACCGGCGGCAGCCGUGAGCUCAGGGGAGAUGUACCGCGGCGGGCUUGACCGCUUCAAGAAGGCGGAGGCCCUGGAGCCCUUCUCAGUGCAGCAGUCCCGCUCCGGCGCAAAGAGCACGCAAGUGCAGCCGGCUCCGUUGGUGCCGCCGCAGAGUUCACGUCUUGGUCCUAGCCAUGCUCCACAGGGUGCGGGCUCGAGCAUGGCCGGGCAGGAGACCGGACCUGCCGGGACGCAGCUGGGUGGGGGGCAGUCGACGUGGCAGCCGCCGGACUGGGCGGUCGAGCCGCGCCCUGGGGUUUACUAUCUUGAGGUGCUGAAGGAUGGGGAUGUCAUUGAUAGGAUCAACCUGGACAAGAAGAGGCAUAUCUUUGGGAGGCAGGUGCCUGCUUGCGAGUUUGUGCUGGACCAUCAGUCUGUCUCGCGCCAGCAUGCUGCUGUCGUUCCGCACAAGAAUGGAAGCGUCUAUGUUAUCGAUUUAGGAUCUGUUCAUGGUACAUUUGUUGCAAAUGAGAGACUAACUAAAGACAACCCUGUUGAGCUUGAAGUUGGACAGUCACUUCGCUUUGCUGCAUCAACCCGAGCAUAUAUUCUACGAAAGAACACAGCUGCUUUUACCCCCACGCGUAGUCUCCCGUCAGAUGUGAGCUUGCCGUCUCCUCCAGACCCCAAUGAUGAAGAUGCUGUUGUGGCAUACAAUACAAUACUUAACCGCUAUGGCAUUAGUAAAUCAGAUAUGCCAUUGAGGAAAAGAAGUUCUUCAGGAGAUGCUUCUGGUGAAAAUGAUGGCAACCAGGCAGUUGGCAGACCGUUGAAGAAAAGCAAAAAGCGAAGAGUGUCAUUUAGAGAUCAGGUUGGUGGAGAGCUUAUUCAGGUGGUUGGGAUUUCUGAUGGUGCAGAUGUUGAAACUGAACCUGGCCCAGUAGGCGUAAAGGAAGGCAGUCUUGUUGGGAAGUAUGAGUCUCUUGUACAUGUUACUGUCAUACCAAAAGGGAAGGAGCCAACUUUACCAAAUGAUAGUGCCUCUCAGAGUGGAGUAACAUCUAAGCUACAGCAGGUUCUUGACAAAGUUAAAAGCACAACCAGAGGGGGUAUGUAUGAUGACCUGUAUGGUGAUUCUGUUCCAGCAAAAUUGGGCUCAUCAUGGGCAUAUAAAUCAGAUAACCAGUCAGCACAAAUCAAAGCUGUUGAUGAAAAGAAGUCGAGCCAGAAUUUGGGUAAAAUUUCAGCUGAUGAUAGUGAUGAUGACUUGUUUGGACACUAGCGAUUGUCCCAUUUCCAAUAAGUAGCGAACUUGUAUUACUCACAAACGCAUGGCAGCAGAUGUGUUGGUCGGUUGGGUAUUUUGGUUGUUCUACAUGAUUGUAUCCUGCUGCAAAUCAAGAUGGUAAUCAAUAGGUAGCUCGAGGAAUAUGGUUCUUACUGCUGGAUUCAAAGUGGAAACAGCUAUUCUGGCCCCCUAACUGCUUGUGUGAUACUGGUUUCUACAAUGUGUCUAUUUGCUUCUGUGCUCCUUGUUGGCAGGUCGAUUCUGGUGGAAGGAAUCACAUGCAGACAAGCUUGUUCUUGCAAGCACCACAUACUCAUCCUUUUGUAACAGGACAAUGAACGGAAAAGAAUUCCGGAUCAGCCGAAUCAUGUAAAACUCAUUAAAAUAUGUUCGCAACAUAUUGUGUGUUUGGUUUCCAUGUUUGCUGGUAGCUUUGUCUUGGUACCUGCCCUCU